AUGGGCAACCACGCCGCUGGCAUCCUCACCCUGGGCAAGAGGAAGAGCGUCCCCCUGGCCUUCCAGAGCCGGCUCUACCGCCUGCUCCAUGGCUCCGGCAACCACGCUGCGGGCAUCCUCACCAUGGGCAAGCGCGGGCAGCACCCUGGCACCGCCUGCCACGACACGCUGGGCUGCCCUGCGGGCACGGUCGCCCAGCCGACAGCGGAGCCGCGAGGUGCUGACACCGGCCCUCACGGCUCCAGGGAGUGCCAGGGACACUCAGGGAAGGACCUGAGCACAAGCCAGGCCCAGGGAGCUGCAAUGAGCUUUUACUGAAUGGGAUGGGGGCAGCGGGACAGAGAGGGGAUCCCUGGCAGGAUGGACUCGGCGGACACACGGCCGGAGCUCAGUGUAAAUAGCACUUUUAGAUACCUCCUCCCAGCCCUGGCCCUGGCCCCGCCUGCUCAGGGCACCGCGGCCUUUUACAAUAAACGGUAGCCU